CCUCCUCCUCCUCCGUUGAGGAGGACUUGUUGCAUUCCCACCAACCUCCGUGGCCAUCAUAUCCCAACAUUGUCAAGUGUUGCUUUAUUUGGCAAAGAUGUCCAGUGUCGGCCCAUGGGACAUCCUGGGGACUGGUCUCCACUGUCAUCAUCCAUCCAGUGGGUGUGCUGGAUGCUCUCCACUGCCGUGUCACUAACCCUUCUUGAAGAAAAUACUCCAAUCUAAUAGUUGUAAUAUACUAAAGAUAAUCAUGAUCAGGAUGGAGCUGCAGGACGGCCACCACGGCAUGUGGCACCACCAUGGUCUCCAAACCUUCUCCUUUGGCUUCCUGCAUUGUUCUACUACUUCAUAUAAGUCAUAUAUGGCAUCAGAUAAUACAUGCAGUAAAACUUAUGUGGUGCUGCUGAUCAGUAUUGUAGUAAUGAACCAAGUAGCCAAAAAGUACUAACUAAAUGAAGGAGCUAUGGAUAUUACUACUGUUUAAUGUGAACUGGAGAAUCAUUUAUAGAAGGAUAACAUUUCUUCUCUCUCCUGUAAAAUAAAAUGGAAAAAACUACUAACUUUACUUUACUAUCGCGAUUGAAGGCAGACGUCAUUCGGGGUAAGCAUGAGACCACGUGACACAACCAGGAAGUGUGACGAAAGGCUGGACCGGCUCAAUUCACAAGGCUGGUUCGCGGCUGGAGGAGGAACCUCUGAACGUCUGGCCUUCGUAGACCGGAUCAUGCCUUCAUCUUGUGAUUCUUCCCUGAUCGACGACAUUGAGGACAUGGUGUCCUCCAGUGACCCCACCCCCCAGGAGAGACGGUCUGCUAGAAGGAGUAUCAUACCCAGGUCCAGGAGGAAAACGGACAUUUUCAACAAGGAGCAACUCCAAGCUGACAGUCUGAUUCCUGGCACCCAGAAAAUCUGGAUGAAAACAUGGGGCUGCAGUCACAACAACUCCGAUGGGGAGUACAUGGCUGGACAGCUGGCUGCCAGUGGAUACAACAUGACUGAUGACCCAACAGAAGCAGACCUGUGGCUACUGAACAGCUGCACCGUCAAAAACCCUGCGGAAGACCACUUCAGAAACUCAAUCAAAAAAGCCCAGGAGCAACAGAAAAAGGUGGUGGUAGCCGGUUGUGUUCCCCAAGCCCAGCCUCGAAUGGACUACCUGAAAGGGCUCAGCAUCAUUGGGGUUCAGCAAAUUGAUCGAGUGGUGGAGGUUGUGGACGAGGCUGUUAAAGGUCACUCGGUUCGUCUUUUGGGCCAGAAGAAAGAUGGAGGCCGCAGGCUGGGAGGAGCCAGACUGGAUCUGCCCAAGAUAAGGAAAAACCCCCUGAUUGAGAUCAUAUCCAUCAAUACAGGGUGUCUGAAUGCGUGCACCUACUGCAAGACGAAGCAUGCCAGAGGAGACCUGGCCAGCUAUUCCACGGAUGAGCUGGUGGAGCGAGCCCGGCAGUCUUUCCAAGAGGGGGUGUGUGAAGUCUGGCUGACCAGCGAAGACACGGGGGCCUACGGCCGAGACAUCGGGACCGACCUGCCCACCCUUCUUUGGAGGCUCGUGGAAGAGAUUCCCGAAGGGGCCAUGCUGAGGCUGGGCAUGACCAAUCCGCCCUACAUCCUGGAGCACCUGGAGGAGAUGGCCAGGAUAUUGAACCAUCCCCGAGUCUACGCCUUCCUCCAUGUUCCAGUGCAGUCCGCCUCAGACAGCGUCCUCAUGGACAUGAAGAGAGAGUACUGCAUUGAGGACUUCAGAAGGGUGGUGGACUUCCUGAAGGACAGGGUCCCAGGUGUAACAAUUGCCACAGAUAUCAUCUGCGGUUUCCCUGGCGAGACGGAGGAAGACUUCCGAGAAACGACAGACCUGGUGAAAUGUUAUCGAUUCCCCAGUCUCUUCAUCAAUCAGUUCUACCCCAGACCAGGGACACCGGCGGCCAAGAUGGAACAAGUGCCAGCUCAUGUGAAGAAACAACGAACGAAGGAACUGUCUCAGCUCUUUCACUCCUACAACCCCUACGACCACAAGGUUGGCGAGAGGCAACACGUGCUGGUGACAGAGGACUCCUUUGAUGCCCAGUACUACGUGGCGCAUAACAAGUUCUAUGAGCAGGUUCUGGUGCCCAAGAAGCCAGAGUUCAUGGGGAAGAUGAUUGAAGUGGACAUCUACCAGGCGGGAAAACACUUCCUGAAAGGACGACCAGUAGAAGAUAGCAGACCUUUCACGGCCUCCAUUGCUGCACCCUUUCAAAAGGGUCAAGUGUCCGGACUGACGCAGGAGCAGAUGGCAAAUGGUGUCCAAGGUCCUUCUUCUGUGUCUUCCUCUGUUUUGUUGAUUGGGUCUUACAAAGUGGACUGGGAGCUAUUGAAGAGGCUGGCGGUCGGACUGGCGCUGGCAGCAGCCUUCCUGGCUUUUAUUGUGGAGAGGCUGCAUUAGUGGCGACCGAGGGGGAGGGGCCGACACAACAUCUUUGAAUGGGCUGGAGAUCAUUGAAUUCUCCCACUCGUCUUCUGCUUUUAAAUGCGUCCAAAGAGGAAGAAGGACAUGCUUUGAUUUUUACUUUUCAUUUAAGGUCACAGCUCAUCAUUUGGCAAGUUUGGACGCCAAUAAAACCGUGCUGUCCGCUUUCCCUUCGCGGGGAAUACACCUUUUGGGCUUUUAUUUUGGUACAAGCUGCUUCUAUCUUUAACGGCUGUUCCUUAAAACCGAUGGGGGGCUUCCUAAUAGUCCUUAUGAUGCUUCUUUACGACGAAUGGACUAUGCAGAGAUGAUAGACACAGCUUGCUCGAGUUUGACUAUUCUUUUAUGGAGAAAUUAAAAUUAAACUUCAUUUGUCUCCAA